AUGUCGUGGUUCAAACGUGGUCCGAAUAAUAGUCCGGUGGAGCAGGGUGCUACUACUUCGCCGCCAGCCUGGACGCCGCCGAACCUUCAAACGCCUACACCCGAGAACAAGCUAUUCUUCCAGGCGUUCGAGUGGCAUACUGCUUCACGACCGCCGCCGCCGAGCGAGACGCACUCGAGAGACUCGCAUUGGGGACGACUUGCUAGAGUACUGCCUGGUCUUGCGGAGUUGGGAGUCAGUUCGGUUUGGGUGCCUCCAGGCUGCAAGGCGAAUAAUCCACAUGGAGUUGGUUACGAUUGCUAUGAUUUGUGGGAUCUUGGGGAGUUUGAUCAGAAGUGGGCGAGGAGUACGAGGUGGGGUUCGAGGGAAGAGCUGAGGGAUCUUGUGGAGGUCGCGAGAAGACGUGGGAGUGAGGGAGUGGAUAUCAUCUGGGAUGCGAUUCUGAACCACAAGACGGCGGGGGAUGCUACGGAUCAUGCAUGGGCUGUGGAAGUGGACAAAGAUGACAGACGGAUAGAGAUUUGUGCGCCGAAGAAGAUCGAGGCAUGGCUCAAGUACGACUUUCCAGGACGAGAGCGAGAGGGCAUGAAGUAUUCACGAAUGAAGUGGAGAGCAGAGCAUUUCAACGGGACCGAUUGGGACCAAAGCGCGAAACGGAAUGCGAUCUACAAGUUGAUUGACGACCCGGCGACAUAUCCCAAGCCGAACAAGGAGCAGUUGCCUAUACCGAACAGACCAUCUCAAGGAUUCAACAGAUUGGCACGGCUUGCUGGUGCUGUGUCGAAUGCCAUCUCAGCCGAACGACAUAUCCCAAGGAGACCUGGUAAAGGAUGGGCUGAGGAUGUGGACACGACGUUCGGGAACUACGACUAUCUCAUCUUCUCCAACUUAUACUACGGCCACCCUGAAGUACGAGAAGAUGUGAUGCGAUGGGGAGAGUGGAUGCUGCAAGAUACUGGCAUUCAUGGUUUCCGACUAGACGCUGCCCAACACUUCUCUUGGAGCUUCAUACGAGACUGGAUCGCCAACACGCAAGCCACCAACAGAAGUAUACGCGGCAAAGAUGUUUUUGUAGUUGGAGAGGUCUGGGCAGGCGAAGUCAGUCGCCAGCUCAGAUGGUUAGACUUCGUCACACCUCCAGGGUCGCCAGUACAAGCCUACUGUUUCGACGCACCUUUACUCUAUAGCUUCUCGCGCAUCUCCGAAGACGUACGGAGAGGCAGCAAGAACGCUGAUCUUCGGACCUUACUUACGGGAGCCGGUGAGCCUGACAAGCAUGCUCUGGUAUAUGCCAGGCCACAUCAAGCUGUCACGUUUGUGACGAACCACGACACCCAACCGGGUCAGACGAGCUUCACACCGAUGGCAUCCGGCAUCAAGUCGCUGUUCUACGCAUUCAUCCUGCUCAGAAGAGAAGGCCAUCCUUGCGUCUUCUGGGGUGACUUGUACGGAACUCUGGGGGACAAGUCAGAGGGACCUGCUUGCCAGGUACCAAUUGUUGCUGCUGGCCCGACCAAUGGCGUGCCCAACGGCUCUACCAACAGAAAGACGACAAGGUCUCUACUGCCUUCGCUUAUGCUUGCGAGAAAGCUGUUCGCAUACGGCCAGCAGAGGGACUACUUCGACAGCAUGUCAUGUAUCGGCUGGACCCGAGCUGGCACGCAUGACAGACCUGGCUGCGUGGUCAUCAUAAGCAUUGGCCCGCCGAACAAGUGGACUAUCAAAAAGAUGGCUGCUGGUCGUCCGGACGAGAAGUGGAUUGACAUCCUCAGCGAGAGGGAAGGUCGCCCUGAAAUCGUCAUUGACAAGAAGGGCUUUGGUGUCUUUGCUUGCAGAGGCAUGAGCGUCAGUGUCUACGUGAACGAGACGUGCGAAGCGGCUUCGAGGUUUCCCGUGGCCUUCGAUCACGACGUCUACAAGCAGUGA